GUAUCUUUACGGGACAGCGAGUGCGCGUUUCAGAACCUUGGAGAGCGCCGUAAGGAAAAUAGGGGUUAAGAUGUUUAAGGAAACUAUGGCAUCAGUGAGCUGUUCGCAGAUUCUAUUCAUGGCCAUCUGUAGCAUGCUGUGCUGCAGAAGUCUCUCUCUACCAGCAAUCACCAUAAGUAGAUCGGGAACGCUUAAUGGCGAUGGAGAAGGCUCCUGGGCGAGCGAGCCGUCUCAAGAUUUGGAAGUGUAUAAGCUUCUGUACGAAAUCGGAAACACGGUGGAAAGACCAUCAAGACAUGCUGACGGACUUUUCACAAGCGGAUACAGCAAACUCCUCGGACAGCUUUCUGCCAAAGAAUAUCUUGAGUCUUUACUCGCAAAACGUGUCAGCGAUGAUCUGGGCGCAGACCAGCUACCCAUGAAACGUCAUUCAGACGCAGUCUUCACAGACAACUACAGCCGAUACCGUAAACAGAUGGCAGCCAAGAAAUACCUCAACUCAGUUUUAGCAGGAAAGAGGAGCCCCGAAGACGCCUUGACCAUGCCAAACCAGUCCAAAGGCGCUGAACUCCAGCUUCCGCAAAGCUACGAGGACACUGUCGACCAGCUCCUUCAGCAGCUACCGCUAGUAUAACUGAGUUUCUCUAAUUCCGUGCUUAAUUAACCAGAGCUUUGUGCAAGAGUCGGCUGCCAAACUAACAAGCCAAUUAAUGAAUUCAGUAACAAGCUAAUUAAUGAAUUCAGUAACAAGCCAAUUAAUGAAUUCAGUAACAAGCUAAUUAAUGAACAGUCAUUGUGCUUUACAUUAGUUUUUCUUUGUUUUCAUUCUUCUCUGCUAUUGCCGUGAGCAUCUUGUACUGAAGAAGCUGUUUAAAGGUCUGAUAACUGAGAAUUCAAAUCAUACACAUCUCUCCUCAUACUUGCAUACAAGCAAAUAUAAGAAGCAUUUGUGUGUUACUUAAUAAACUGAAAUUAAAUAUU